AUGUCUCAGCCACAACAAACCCUUCCGUUCCCCAAUUCCUAUCAGUUGAAGCAAGUGGCAGCAGCCGAUGCAAAGUCUUGCUUUAUCUGCUAUAAAUUCACACCAGUGGUGCUAAUCACCACCGCCGGCGGAACCCCGGACUUUUUCUAUGCCUGCAAGACUCACUUAUCCGACACCAACUUCGCCACUAUUAUACACAACGAGGCCCAUACAAAGAACUUGAAGCAAGUAGAAUAUCUUCAGGGAGAAAUCACCAAAGUCAAAGGAUGGAUUGCAGAAGAAGAGGACUCAAAAAAAGGGUCGUUGAAAGACUAUGCGUGGAGCAAACUAACCUGGAGCUCGAAACCCCUGGAAGAAAAACCCGCCAGCUCUCCAGAGAGCAAGGACGCUAAAAUCCUAAAGUUCCGGCAGAACUUGGGUGUUCUUGAAGCAGAGUUGAAAGAAUUGAACGACAAAACGUUGCCAGCGUCACAGAAGAAGAACACCUACCUGCUAGUGGCCCAUAUUUAUAGAGCCAGACUCCAGCAGCGCCUGAAAAAGCUUGAGACCAAGAAGCACUACCAGUCGCUUCACCAGGAGGGGUUCUUCCCAAGCGCCCCAAGCAACAAGCCUGUGUAA